AACACCAUCACAUCUCUCACGUUCGAACAAGUCAAUAACGACGCAGAUGAGUUGAUCGAGUUGAGAGGAGAAGGCCGUUAUUUUGGAGUGACAGACCCCUCGUCCGGUACCACCGUGAACUCGCAGCAGAGCUUGGGGCCCUUGUGUGCCAACUGCCACAUGAGAGGCCAUAUACGGGCCAAGUGUAAGACUGUGGUCUGUCACAAGUGUGGUGUAGUAGGAGACCAUUAUGAGACCCAGUGCCCCACCACUAUGAUCUGCUCCAGGUGUGGAGAGAAGGGCCACAUGACGGCCAGUUGCACUAGCAAGACCAGAAAGAGACAGUACUGUCGUGACUGUGAUACUUUCAGCCACGGUGAAGAAAACUGCCCCAGCAUUUGGCGGUCCUACUUGACCAAGCCCAACGAUAAAGACGAAACAGAGAGCCUGGUACUUCCCAUAAUAUACUGUUACAAUUGUGCCAGUCCCGAGCAUUAUGGAGAUGAGUGCCCUGAGUCCAGAACGUCUCGUGUGCCCAACUUUGGCAGUGCAUUUAGCGGCAGCAAUCUCCCUAAGAGCGUCAGACCGUUGUACUUCUUGCAGGUGCAAAGAAGCAGUUCCGGUAACAAACGUGAUUAUUAUGGGAAUAAUCCUAGAAAUUUCUCCAGCAAUGACAAGCCUACAAACACGGGCAGAUUGCCACCUAGAGGCCCUGCUGCUGUCAGCUUCAAGAAGUAUGACACAGGCAAACAACCUACAAGAACAGGAUACAUACGGAACCCUAGUCAAGGCAUGAACGGGAACGCUAACCGCAACAACCGCAACAGCUACAACGACAGAAACUACAGCAAUAAUAAUGGGUACACGGGCUUCGGCAGUAGAAACUACUCAAGCCAAAGCAAUUACUCCAACCAGGGCAAUUACUCGCAGUCUAGAUCUAAACCCACCCGUUCGGGGAUGAUCGAGAUGUCGAAGUCUAAAAAGCAAAAGCUGAAAAGU